AUGACAAUAUCAAUGAUCCAUAGUUUAUUAAUUACUCUGAUCAUUUAUCAACAAGGUGUUGUGACUCAUCAACAUCCGAUUGGACCAACUUUUAUUUCGACAAUAGUAACAAAACAGAAGCUUUAUUACAGUAACUUAGGUACAAGACUUGAUUGUUUAGCAACUGGUAAUCCAUUACCUAAAUUAACUUGGUUUCGAACGAAUAGUAGUGAUACUCAUCAAUUGAUAUCUAUUCAAUCUUCUGAUCUUAUUGAUCUUUAUGAAAAUGGAAGUUUAUUUAUUCGACCAUUUCGAGAAUAUUUUAAAACAAUUCAUUCUACAUCAUACAUUUGUCGUGCAGAAAAUUCAGCUGGUAGUAUACAAACAAUACCAAUUCAAGUUAAACCACAAAUUUAUGAUGCAUAUGAAAUUGAAGUUAAAAAUCCAUAUGGAUUUGAACAAUCAUCAGCUAUAAUAUCAUGUGAAAUAUCUCCACCAUUAGCUAAUCUCUAUGUACAUAUUAUUGGUUGGUUAGAAAAAAUAAAUAAUGAUAUUUUUCAUCUUGAUUUAAAACCAAAAACAAAAUAUAAUUUAUUAUCAAAUAAAAAUUUAAUUAUUCAUAAUUUAACAAAAUCAGAUGAUAAUCGAAGUUAUGCUUGUCUUGUUAAUAAUCAAAUAGAUAAUAAUACAAGACAAAGUCGAUUUAAAUCAUUACGUAUUCGAGAUCGUUCACCAUUUGGACCGGAAUUAUCUAUUCCAAAUAAUACAGAAUAUCAAGCACGAAUUGGUGAUAUAAUUGAAUUACCUUGUGGUAUAUCAUCAUUAUCUCCAAAUGCUCAUAUUUCUUGGUGGAAAGAUGGUAUUGAAAUUUCUAAUCGCAAACAAAAUAUCUAUAAUAAUUCUUUAAUAAUUCAACUUUCAAUACCAUUAUCAAAUGAGUCAGGUAAUUAUAUUUGUCAUGUAGAUGAUGAAUCAAUCGGAAGAAUGACGUCAAUGAUUUCACUUAAAGUUAAUGUUCCAACUCAAUGUCAUAUGAAUUUCUCUGAAAGAAAUAUUAAUGCAGGAUCAACUAUAGAAUUCAUUUGCACAAUUAAUUCAAUAAAGAAUACAUCUGUUCAAUGGCAAUGGUAUCAUAAUUCUGUUCUAUUAUCAAGUAAAUUAGAUCAAUAUGUGAUUUCUAAUGUAACACGAGAACAUAUGGGAAUGUAUCAAUGUUGUUUUAUAUCAAAUUCAUUAGAUUUAAAUAGUUGUUGUGCUCAAACUCAAAUUCGAAUUAUUAAUUCACCUCCAUUUAUUUUUCUUGAUCAACAAACACAAUCAAAUAGUAUUAUUAUUUUAUCCGAAAAUAAAUCUCGUCUACCAAUUGAUCUUAAUUGUACUGUUUAUGGUGAUCCAAUACCAGAAAUAAAUCUUUUUAAAGAUGGACAAAAAUUAUUAAUUAAUAAUUCAAUUGAAUAUUUAUCAUCUGGUGAUAUUUUUCUUCAUUAUCCAAUAUAUAUAUCAAAUAUAAGUGAUACAGGUCUUUAUGAAUGUCGUGCGAAAAAUUCUUUCGGUUCAAUUUCAUUAACAAAACAUAUUAAUAUUAAUAAACAAAAACCUUUUAUUCAACCAUUAACAAAUUUAACUGUUCGAACUGGUCAACAAUUUACUGUGCCUUGUUAUGCAUCAGGUCAACCAAAUUUAUAUCUACAAUGGAUUGAUAAAACACAUAAUCAAAUAAUUAAUACAUCAACAAUAUCUCCUAUAUUAUUUACAGCAAUAAAUACAAAUUCAAAUAUCUAUGUAUGUCAAGCAAUAAAUUCAUAUGGACAAACGUUCCUGGAAAUAUUUACAACAGUUCAAAUACCUGCUAAAAUAUUAUCAAUAACAACGAAUUUAACUAUAAAAAUAAAUGAAUAUUUAAAUAUUUUUUGUUAUGCUGAAGGUGAUAAUGAAUUGGAAUUAAAACUAAUAAAUCCUUCACCAAAAAAAUUAAAUACAAUUGUAACUACAUAUGAAAAUAAGAAGAAUUUAUCGAUAAUUAUUAAUAAUAUUCAAAUGUCUGAUAGUGGUUUAUAUGAAUGUUAUGUUAAAAAUAAUUAUUCAGAAGAUCGAUCAAUAUUUAAAAUAAUUGUACAAAAUAUACCAGAUAAAAUCGAACAAAUAGCUUUCGAUAACUCGGAAAGAAUUUCAUGGAUGAAGCCAUUCGAUGGAAAUUCAAAAAUUACAAAUUAUAUACUUAGAAUUCAAUAUAAACAAGAUUUAUUAUGGUCAAAUGAAACAAUUGUAACGAUUAAUAAUGAUGAUAUAACUACUUAUUCAUUUGAAAAUAUUUAUUCCAUAUGUAGUAUUUCGGUAAUAAUACAAGCAGUGAAUAAGAUUGGUUCGUCAUUACCUAGUCAACCAUUUUAUUUUCAAACAAAUAUUAAACGGCUACAUAUUGCUCCGUAUGAUCUCAAAGCUGUUAAUAUUUCUUCGAAGAGUGCUGUGUUAACAUGGCAAUAUCCAUCAUUUCAUAUAUGUAAUGAUUCAUAUAUUGAAUUUAUUAUUGAAGUCACUGAUCAAUACAAUCAAACUCAUAUUCAAACUCAUAGUUAUCAUUCAACGACGAUUACUAUUCAUCAAUUAAAAAGUUUUACUUAUUAUACAUUUAUGGUCUAUGCAAUAAAUGAUUUAGGACCAAGUCCAAUAUCAGAUCCACUGAAAAUACAAACAUUAGAAAGCGUACCGCUUGCUAUAAUUAGAGAUUUAACAGGAAGUUUAUUAAAUAGUUCAACUGCAUAUAUAACAUGGAUGUUUGAACAAGAUGAUUUUCAAUAUUUGAAUGGAAAAUUUCGAACAUUUGCUAUAACAAUAUAUGAAAAUUUUAACAUGUCAACAUUAAGAACAAUUGAAACAACUAGCACGGAAUAUUUUUUUGAUAAUCUAAAUUCAUCAUCGCAAUAUCAUAUAUCAGUAGCAAUUUGUAAUUUUCUUGACUGUGGUUCAUCAUCAUUAGCAACUGAUAUUAAUACACCAUCAUCAAAUAAACCCUCAUUUGUUCGAGCAACACUUCAUUAUACACUAUCAAAUGAAAUUGGUUUAAAGAUUUCCUAUCCAUCAGAAAUAAUCGAAAGCAUAACAAUAUCAUAUAAAAUUCAAGAUACUUUAUUAAUUAAUGAAUUAAAUAUAUUUCCACCAUUAUUAAAUGUUCGUUUAACUAAUUUAUCUUGUGGAAGUUUUUAUGAAAUAAUGAUUUACGGUAGCAACCAAGCUGGAUUUAGUUUAACAGAUUAUUUAAUAGCAAGAACAGACGGUUCAGUUCCAACGUUAAUUGAAUCAUCAGAUCUAGUUCAAACUGUUUCAAAUAAUUAUAUUAUACUUAAUAUGGCAAAUUGGAUUAUUAAUGAAUGUUCUAUUUUAUCAUAUGAAAUAGAAUUAUUAACCAGUAAAACUAAUCUUAGUCGAUAUUUUUCAUAUAAAAAUGAUCUCAAUGAAUUAAAAAUUGAUAAUCUUCAAUCCAAUGAAGAUUAUCAGUUAAACAUUAAAGUAAAUAGUCAAGCUGGAGAAAAUAUGGAGAUAAUUUCAUUUCGAACAACAAAUGAAAAAACUUCAAUAAAAUCAAGAAUGGAACAAUUUUUUAUACUUAUUAUUUGUUUAUUAUUAGUAAUUAUUUUAAUUUCAUUUAUUGUAAAAUUUUCUCGGCGAAAUUUAAGAAAAACAGAUUUAUUUAUUAAUCAAAAACGAAAGCUAAAACCUGUUUUAUGUACUUCCAAUUCAACUAAUUUUCGUAAGACUUGGUCAAAAACAGAUAAAGAUUUUACUAUAGAGAAUUAUGUAGAUAGAAGUCGUUCUAAUAGUUUUGUAUCAGAAGAUUCUCAAGGUAAUAUAAAUCCAUAUGCAGUUACUGGCUAUGCAAUGAAUUGUAAAGAUGAAACUAAUCAUGAAUCAAUUUAUAGUGAAACUAAACAUCAACAAAAUCAAUUAAAUACUACAGAUACUUGUCCAUCAAGUACACAUACUGAACGGUAUUUUCGUCCAAUUAUUCUUGAAAAUUCAUUAUCCAAUGAUCAAGAUCUAUUAAAACGAAAUCCACUUAUACAAAUACCUGAUAAAUCUUUAUUACCAAAUGUUCAUUAUACAAUAUCGCCAUCACAUACAGAACUAUUUUCUGCGUUUACCUAUGUUUCAUCAUCAUCAUCAUCAAAACCUAAAACAAAAAAAUCUUCUCAUAAUGAUCAAAGUUCAUCAUCAGCUGAUUCCGGUGUACAUUCAUCUGAUACUCAAAGUCCACGUUAUCAUUUACAUAAUUUCACAUUUGAUCAUUCGGUAUUAACAAAUCAAAAUGAUCCUCUCUAUGUUACAUAUGAUGAAACAACUACGGAAUCAUCUAGACAUCAACAUUAUUCAUUAGUUUAA